CUUGAAACUUUCGUUGUGAUUUACGAUUCUCUUUUUUUUUUUUCGCUCCACCAUAUAUAAUACUUCUUAAAUCACAAUAAUGGCGGAUCCUAUCGUGCCUCACAGCGCUCCAAUCUCGGCUUACAUGAGUGUUCAUUCAGCCACGAAUCUGGCCUAUGUACGCUAUUUUGCUAAAGUGGAGAAUGCUGUAUCAGCAACGUUUAAAAACAUCAACGCACAAGGCUUUACCGUGUCUUACACGCUACCGGAUGACAAAGAAGUACACGACGCAUUUAUCGAGUUUGAUACGCCCCUUACAAAGCGCGAGGAGAUUCGCCCUGUACUAGAGAACAUGGCCUCAGAGGCAGAAUCCGCAUUAGGAUUGCCGAGCUCAUUGACCGGUCCACCACCGCUUAAAGCUAUCGCAAAGGCAUUUUAUGCACAAGCGACCGACAUGUACACACCAUCAGAACCAGCCGUACCGCUCGAUGCAUUUUACGCUGCCGAUACACAUUUUCAGUUAUUGAUCGCAUUUGGCAUGGGCACUUUGGGCUUAUUGACGUUUUCUACCGAUGAAUACCUUCUCCGACAGUUCCAUCCGGCAGUAUUGGAUUUCAAGAACUUGUUUGGCGACCGUGUCUUGCAUAUGAUGUGGAACGGUGCAGUGACCGCUCAUCUGGUGGAAGGAUUAUUGGCAUUUGGUAUCUGCGUACGUCGUGGAUGGUAUAGUCCUUUAAAUAUCUGCAAGUGGACGGUUUCAACUACUCUUUUCGGUUUUGCCUCCUUGAGCAAGUUGCUUAAACAUGCAAAACGUGUAAAGUCGGAAUGAAUAAGUAAAUUUGUAACGUCCAAAACUCUCAAAAGUCUAGUGAUUUAAUUCAAUGAACGCUUGUGUAUAUCUGUCAUUCUCAAAUUUAUGCACGAUGCGAAUAAGGGUCGAGAGCAAGUUCUCUCUAUUCUUUUUUUCAUGGUGUAUUUUGUACUCGCUUAUUGGUUGUGUAAGGAGGAUAACUUAAUAAAUACAUAUAAGAGCAGUACCUUAUAAGCUUAAAUAGUGCAAGUUAGUGGAAGUUCAAGCCGAGAAUAGCUUUAUGGGCU